AUGUUCGUAUCUACUAUCGCCAAAGCCGCCGUCGUAGCUCUCGCAGCCAUUAGAGCUUCGGCUAGGGAGGACAGCGUCAGUCUGCCGCGUCUGGCGGACUGCGCCCUCUUCUGCGGUAGUGAUGUCUGCACCCCGGGAGCGACGAUACAACCGGCUGACCCUUCGUGCCAAUGUCUCUUUGGGCCGACGCGCGUUAACCCCUACGUCGCCUCGUGCAUGGAGCUGGAGUGCCCGAGGAAUCAGAGGGACGUCGCAUUCGGGACGCUGUACACGUACUGUAGUCGCCACAGCCCAUAG